AUGGAGACUCGUCAGAAAAAAGCCCAGCGUUUCGUCAGCGAGCUACACCGGCCUCUGCGUCUCGACACGUUGGGCGGCCAGGAGAAAAUGGCACUGGCAGAGUCGCUCAAAACGGCCCCUUGGUUUCAAAUCAACGCGCAUGGAGGUGUAUCUGGCGGAGCAUUCAGGGUUCCGAAAGGCAAGGUUCUCGUUCUCCUCACCCCCCCUGGUCUGUUUGGGAGAAGCCUGCGUGAUGACCGGAGACUUAAAGAGGCGCGCGGCCGAGUCCUGUCGGCGGUCACGGAAGGUGUGCCCCAGGCAUCCAGGGUCCCACCGAUCCCGGAUUCUUACCUUCGCAUCUUCCUUCCAGGCGAUUGGGCCCCCGAUGCGGCUCUCGCAUUCACGAACCUCCCUGACCCGGGAGUCGUUCCGCUGAGUCUGACCGAGAAGCCGUGGUUCAAAGCGCUCGCUGGAGGAGAAGAUAUUUUAGGGCUCCUCGCGAUGUACGCGGAGUCUCGCAGCCUGGUACCACUCCGGGGCAUACAUACAUCUCUCGGCGAUCUCUUUCACAAGUUCAUACCGGACGUGACCGGCGUUUUCGUUUCGUACUUCUGUCGCUUCGCCGACAGUGCGGCGAAUCAUGCCUUCGACAUGGCACUGAAUCGUGUUGGGUUCGGAACGAGACAGACCUCUGUCGUGCUCAGGGACCCUAUCGUGGCCGACGCGAUGCGGAACUGGAGAGCGUGGCCGCUAAACGAUCUCGAACAUUUUCGACAAACGUAUGAAAACCUCAAACUAGCAGUCCAAGCCGGCACCGAUCCCGACAUCAUCGCGCUGAAGGCCAUGUUCCCGAGAAGAUUCUUUCCGAUGACCAGGGACAAGUACGAGAGGUUGUUUCCAGACCUGGUGAUAAACAUCCCGAAGCCCACACCGAGUCACAGGAUGGCGCAAGUCGACGCGGAGGUGCAGAAUGUGGAACGAACGAUUCCGGACGUGACUCUGACCGACCAAGAGCACAAACGGUGCGUGACUCUUGACCUCUCGGGAGACCUUCGAAAGCCUACGCGUCAUCCCUUCGUCCCUGUAACGAACAGACGCAUCUAA